AUGAACAAUGAAAUUCUUCCUGGCCCGUCAAGUAGACCAAUUGAUGGAAGUAAUUGUAAUCAGAAGGUGAAUGAAGAAUGUAACGAGAAAGACUCAGUCGGUUGCUCCGAAUAUCUGAACAACAUAUACGUUAUUCAGAGAAUGCAGGCUAUGGCAAAUAGAGCUGAAGAAGUAGCACGUCAAUUAUGGAUGAGUGGAUGGGAAGUUGUUAACUUUCAACGACUACCUGCCUGGCUAAAAGACAAUGAUAUGUUGUUACAUGGUCACCGACCUCAACUAAAUACUAUAUGGGCUUGUGUUAAGUCAGUUUUUCGUAUUCACACUGAGACUGGUAAUAUAUGGACGCAUUUUCUGGGUUGUUUCGGUUUUACCGUUAUAUCUCUGUUUAUGCUGUUUCAACCCAGCAGUUUGCUACAAUGGCAAGAUAAACUUGUCUUCUCGGCCUUCUUUUUUGGAGCUGUAUGUUGUCUAGGAUUUUCUUGUAUAUUUCAUACAAUCUCUUGUCAUUCGGAAUAUGUUUCACGGAUAAUGAACAAGCUUGAUUAUGCUGGGAUAGCAUUUCUUACAAUAGGCUCAUUUGUGCCUUAUUUGUAUUAUACAUUCUAUUGUGUAUUUUGGGCGAAAGCAUUCUACCUAGCAUUGAUUGGAGUUUUGGGAACUGUUGCAAUUAUCGUCUCAAUGUCUUCCAAGUUUGCUACUCCUCCUUAUCGACCUUUAAGAGCUGGAGUUUUUAUUGCUCUUGGUCUUUCAGGUGUUAUUCCGUGCAUACAUGCUAUCAUUUGGAAUGGAUUUUGGCCAUCUGUCAAUCAUGGUUCACUUGGUUGGCUUGUUCUUAUGGCUGUAUUAUAUAUUUCUGGUGCUUCUAUUUAUGCAGCAAGAGUACCAGAAAGAUGUUUUCGAGGACGUUUUGAUUUAUGGUUUCAAAGUCAUCAAAUUUUUCAUGUGUUCGUGAUUGCUGCAGCAUUUGUUCAUUAUCAUGGAGUAGCUCGACUUGCCAGUUACAGAUUAUCAGAUGGAGAUUGUCGUCCACCGGAUGAUUUUCUUAAAAAUUAUGAUCUCUACAUACCAUUGGAUAUAUUAAUAAAAAUUGUUAAAACAUCUGAUCAAAAAUAAUCCACCUAUUCCACUCCACCCUAACCCUCAUAAAAAGAAGUUUAUUCCUCAAAACUGUGCAUUUUUUCAAUCUUUACGUAAAACCAGAGGGAGAGAGAGAGAGUGAGUACAACGUCACCAGUUCAUAAACUGUCAU